AUGGCACGGGCAUCCACGGCAGCUGUAUCAUCACCACAUGCCACCAGCUACCGGUGGUGCUACGUGGAGCAGGUAGACCAGGCCGCUCCCCUCGCAGGCAGGAGCAACGGAUGGCGGUACUUGGGGCCUGGAGGGAUCACCUAUAGGCGCCAGGCCGUCUUCGGCACGGGGUUUAGGGUUCGUAUCUCCUUCCCUUCCUCGCCGGGGCCGGGAUACAGGUGGUUCAACUCGCACCCCCUCGGAGGAGAUCCCAACCUGUACAAUUUUCAAACUUGGGCGAGGACGGUGCUGCAGGGAGGCAUGGUCCACCCGCGUGACGCCGAGGCUUGGCGCACGGCGUUUGUAGAGGUAGAGGGUGGUGGCCUUGGACAGCUGGUUGUGUCAGCGGCCGACGAGAGCUGGCGAGUAAUCUUCUGCUGGGCGUCAGCUGGCAGGGAGAUCGAAGUCGACACCCAGGGCAUCCCGAUCUCUCUUGUGAACCUCCAGGUCCGAUCUGGUCUCGACUCACAGAGCCCUUUUUUCAGACAGCUUAACAUAGCGACCUUCGGGCACAGAGUUGUGAGAUAUGCCCCCAUCACCGCAUUCGGCAAAAAAUGGCAGAAACAGCUUCCCGGAGCCUGUCUCGCUGUCCUCGUCGCCGAAGUUUGGCGCGAUAGUCAAGUCUACCUGCUAAAAAAACCAAAGGAGAGGAGAAGGUUUGGAUUCCGCGAUGUAGAUCCCACGGGUGCGUUUAUGAUCUCAUCUCGUGGUGGUCGACCAAAAAAGGGCGCGCCUGUACACAACAAGAACGCUCUUGACGGUGGGAACUACUUCCGCAACCUGUAUUCGAUUCUACUGGAGCGAGACAUCGGGGAAGUAGAGUUCGACACAUGGGUUUCGGGGGAUGCAGAACCACCCGCCUUGACAUUACUGCAUCUCGAAAAGUGGCUCCAUAUGACCAACGCCAGCGUGGUGGUGUGGUCACAUCGGGGCACUGGUGCCAACAUUCUUGGACCAUCCGACGGGAAAACGAACCUCCAACUGCCCACACUACACGUUGGGGUUCGUGAGGGACACGUGUACCGGCUUGUGCUCGAAGGGCCUUGGGGAGACAGGUUUGGAUCGUCUCUAGACGUGGCAAUCGAUCACAGCGUACGAACCUACCGUAAAUUCCGUCGAAUUUCUGAGAUGACCGUGGAAGAACAGGAACCAGAUACGACUGGGUUUGUCACCAAGACCUUCUCGUGUGUCGCUGACAUUGUGAGUGAUAUCAUGGCCAUCAACGAAACAGGGGGGGACCACAACCGACAGCCAGUAGAAAAGCGGAAGCAUGGCAGGAAGGUAUCAGAAAGCAAGACGUGGUACGCGCCUCCAGGAACGGCCCUCGACGAACUCAUGCUCCACCUACACCUCGCUGGGGUCUCUUGCGAAGCGCACGGCGUAAUCAUCCGAACCUGGUGCAGCGCGAGCAUGGGUGGGCUCGAUCCCGAUGACUUCGAGCCCGACCAGGCAACACGAUUGAUCGAGCUGCAUAAUGCCCUGGGUCUGAAGUUCCACCGCGGGGUAUUGGAUUUUCGAGUAUCGAGGCAGUACAGCCAGUCUCUGCUCGCCCUCCUUGAGGUUUGCUGGCGGGGGCCGAUCGUCGGGGCAGAGGACGCGUCCGGGAGUUCCUACGGGAGGGAAGACUGGCAAUGUGACAUCAAUGGGGCCCACACGGCCGCCCUAAUGAACAUGGAGACGGUGCCCGUUUUCGGCCACAUGGAUGAGGUGGAGGAGUUCGAUGGCCACAACAUCGAGGAUUGGACGCUUUACAUCAUCAAGCUGGACGCGCUCGAACGGACCUGGUACAGAGAUGGCUUCUGGGCGUUAGGUGCGCUCAUUCUCGACGAAACUCGAUUACGAGUGUUGGAGGCGAGGAACGCUCUCGAACUAUGCGGCGCGUCCGACUUUAGCUUCCAGUGUGACGCGGUGUUCUUCAGGGGAUGUUCUUCGGUGCAAGAAAAGAUGAGACUCCGCUUCAACCAGUUGUUUAGCGGCAACGACAAAACCCCCGGCACUCUCAAGUUUGAACCGGCAUUGAAGAACCCGCUGUGUGGAGAGAGGAGGGUGUUCGAAGGCAUCGUGGUCAAGCUAUCGCUGGAUGCGUUACCUCCGGCAAUGAGGAAAAUUCCCUGCCCGUUAAAACCCCGGCUUUUAGUGAUCCCUCUGUGGGAUGGCGUCGGCACCGGCUUCAGUUCGAUGGAAGAAGCUCACAGCGCCUGGCGUCGUCUCGGCAAGAACACCAAGCGCAAUAUGUGGCCGGAAAUAUGCGAGGCCGAGUCACCAUCAAAACUAGAAAAUUUACUCCGCGGCUCGUUGUCUCGACAAGGUUCAAGGAUUGUUUGUGCGGUGACCGGAGAACAUGGAGGGGCGGGGAAGAGUUAUUGUGCCUUCAACGCUGCCAAGAAUAUCUUCAAAACGGGGUUGGUCGUUACCCCUACCAAUAGUCUGAGAACGUCCUUCACAAACCUGCCAACCGGUUGGAAUGUAAAGACCGCUGACCACCAGCUCGGAUUCUACCUGGGCGAUGAUUCUCAUGUGAAGAAGACGGCGGGGUCGAUACGUGCACUUAAGGUCGACGUGAUCAUCAUAGAGGAAGCUGCUUAUAUGCCUCUCCGGACCCUAAGCAUGGUCCUGGCUGCCGCCCAUAGCAGCGGUACCCACGUGAUCGGGACGUACGACACGCACCAACUCCAGCCCGUUUGCGAGAGUAGCGGCAUGUCGAUUAGCAGGGACAACGUCAACAGAAAGUUCAUCCUCGAAAAAGCCUUCCCCACAUGCUUUCAUGUCUUCGCACGCAAGCGGGAUAAAACUGUCGACGAACAGGUGGAGAUGGACGACGGCCUCUUGCACAUUCUGGCCGCAGGAAACGACAGUCACGAGGCGCAGACUCGAGCCAUCGAGAGAUUUGGUGGUGGUUGUCUGGACGACCCAAGCCCUUCAGACUUUCAUCUCGCUUACACUAGAGACUGUGCUCGUUUCUAUGCGUUUCGAGGCUUGCUGGGGUGCAACGAGUCUGGAGGCUGGGACGUGCUGGGGCAUAAAACAGUUGUUGGUGCACAAUAUCGGGACCUUGGGAACCUGGGCAGGGUUCACAAGAAUCACAACUACAACAUCAUCCGGUCCUCAGGAGAUACCGUUGUUGUCGCGAGCGCAUUCGACGGUGCUGCUAGCCUUCAGGAGACUUCACUCUGUCGAGCGGAGGCGGAAAACUUGUUUGACCCCUCGGGAGCGUGCACGGUACACGCCGUCCAGGGCCGUACGGUAGAAGGGAGACUGAUCAUACACCAGGCCCGACACCCUUACGCCGAUGUGUACUGGAUAUACACGGCCAUAAGUCGAGCGACCGGACCGUCGAACGUCAGGGUCAUCGACGAUAUUCACCGAAGCAAGAGCGACAUGUCAGACCGAGAGAGGGCAUCGUGGAUUUCUGGGAAGGUUUCAAGUUAUAUCUACGCCGACGUUGCGGCCGAGCGUCUCGGAUCUGAUGAGGGGGGACAGUACAGAGAAGCUCUCGUCCAAGAACUCCAACGCUCCUACGGGGGGAGGUGCAACUUGUGCAACCAUGACUUGGUCUGGGCCGUCUAUAGUGAACGCCAACCGACUCUCGAUCGUCUUGACUGCGCUUUGCCGCACACGAUCGAUAAUGUAGAUGUGAAAUGCUUAAAGUGCAACAGAGCCAGAGGAAGCCUAGGGAGAGGGAAGUCGAAAAAGAGGAAGACGAGUUGA